GCGACCCUCUGCCCUCCGGCGCGGCGCUAUAAAUGCGGGCGGCUCGGCCGGGCGGCGGGCUGAGCGGCGCGGACGCCAUGCUGCGCGCCUGGCUGCUGCUCUGCGCGGGCCUGGCGCUGCCCGCCGGCGGGGAGGACGACGGCGGCGACGGCGGCGCCUGCACCUACUCCUUCACGGUGACGGGCCCCGGCGAGGCCGGCUGCGCCGAGGCCGGCGGCGCGCUGCGCGCCGAGCUGGCCGCCCUGGCCGCCCGCCUGAGCCUGCUGGAGAGCCGCGAGGCCGGGGCGCCGCCGGGCCCGGCGCAGGGCCCGCGGGGCUGCGGGGAGCUGCGGCGCGCCGCGGCCCGCCUGGAGGAGGACAAGCGGCGGCUGGAGCGGGAGAAGGAGGAGCUGCGGCGGCGCGCGGAGAGCGGCGCCCGGGAGCUGGCCCGGCUGCGGGAGGCGGGCUGCGGGAGGCGCGGGGACGGGCCCCGCCGCGACGGCGGCCCAGGGCGCCCGCGGACCGUCGGCUACCAGGAGCUGAAGUCGGCCAGGAUGGAGGUGCCGGCUGCAGACCUGCUGGAGGAGACGGCGCGCGGCCACCCCGGCGCCGGCGCCUCGGCAGGCUGCGGCGAGCUGGUGUGGGUGGGGGAGCCCGUCGUCUUCGGCCAGGCGGACUCCAUCGCCGGCAAGUACGGCGUGUGGAUGAAGGACCCGGAGCCCGUGCUGCCGUUCACCCGGGCGACCACGUGGCGUGUGGACACGGUGGGCACGGAGGUGCGCCAGCUCUUCCAGUACGAUGAUGACGAGCAGUUCGGCAAGGGCUACCCAGCCAAGGUGUACAUCCUGCCGCGGGCCCUGGAGAGCACUGGCGCCGUGGUCUACCGCGGCAGCCUCUACUUCCAGCAGCGCCACUCCCGCCUCCUGGCCAAGUACAACCUGCGGGAAGAGGCCAUCGCGGCCGAGAAGGAGAUCCCGGGCGCCGGCUAUCACGGGCAGUACCCCUACUCCUGGGGCGGCUACACAGACAUUGACCUGGCAGUGGAUGAGUCAGGGCUCUGGGUCAUCUACAGCACUGAGAAGGCCAAGGGGGCCAUCGUGCUGUCCAGGCUGGACCCAGAGACGCUGGAGAUCCAGCGCACCUGGGAGACCAACAUCCGCAAGCAGUCAGUGGCCAACGCCUUCAUCAUCUGCGGCGUCUUGUACACUAUCAGCAGCUACGCCGUCCCCAACGCUACGGUCAACUUCUCCUAUGACACAGCCACCGGUACCAGCCAGCCCCUGAGCAUCCCCUUCCAGAACCGCUACCAGUACCUCAGCAUGGUGGACUACAACCCCACGGAGCGGCAGCUGUUCGCCUGGGACAGCUUCCACAUGGUCGCCUACCCCAUCCGGCUCGCCCACGCGUGAGCGGCGCAAGAGCGCCAGGAGGAGGCACCGCGCUCGCUCACGUGAAGCAGGGGCCCUGGGGCGAGCUGAGCACCCCCCCGGCCCCGCGCGCGCGCACGCACCUCACGCUGCUCCCCGGCUUUCCCCGAGUGCAGGCCUGACUCCCGCACGCCAGCACCGCAGCACCGCAAACGGGAGCCUUCGCCGAAGCUGUCCCUACUCCGCUCGACCGCGCUGGGGCCGCAGGCACGUCCGCUGGCACCUCCUGUGAAGUCGGGUCAUGCUCAGACGCGGGAAGAUGAAGCAACGCGCUUCUGCAGCGCUCGGCCGAGCCGGCAAAACGCCUCUCGCUGGGCUCAGCGGGUUCGGACGGGUGGCAGCGGCAGGACAGCUCCAUCCUCCGCAGCAGGACUGGGCUGGCGUGCAGCAGCACCGACCUCCGCACAAGGAGCCUUUCAGGUCCUGGAGGCGCCUGAGCGUCUUCCAAGAGCGCCUGGAGCCGCUGCUCUCCAGCUGGAGGCACGAAUUUGGAGGGGGGAUGGCUCGGAUGCAGCGCAGGCUCAGCAGAGCAGGAUGGAGCAGCCCGCAGCCCCAGCUCGCGCCCAGACCCUCUCCGCCCUCGCAGCGCCUGUCGCCGCCCCGUGCUGUUUCAAGAGCGUGCAUUUUUAACUAUUUAUUGUAAAAAUGCUGCAGAAGGUUGAUUUCCACCCCCCCACACCCCAGGGCGCCUGCAGUAAGCGCAAGCAGCAGCAGCAGCUGCUCUGACGCCGCCAGCCCCGAAGCAGAGGCACAGGCUGCCCGGCGAGGCGGGAGCAGCGCUCGGUCCGGUCACAAUAAACAUCACCCCGCAGCGCC